AUGGAAGGGAAAAAAACAUUUGGAAGAUACGAUAGAAUCGAGAUUUCAGAUAUUAUCUUCGCUAAAAUCAAUGGAGCUCUCAAUGAAGCUCAACUCCGAUACAAAGCAUUUGUUGCAACUCUUUGUUCUGUUCUCAGUGCUAUUCUAAAUUCUAAGCAUAGUCACAUAGAUCGCCAAGGUAGUCACGAUCUCCGUUCCGAACGUCCCGUUCCCAAACGGGGUUCGUUUUCGUUCCAGUCGGCGGCCGAGUCGCUGUCCGAUACGGGUACCCUGCGAUCCCGUUUAGUCUUCAAUUCGGUCAUGGAACCAUGA